UCUUGUUACAUGUCAUAAUUUUUCUAAAAUAUAUUCAAAAGUUUUCGAUGAGAUUAAUUUGAUAUUGUAUUAUGUUUUUCUAUUAACAAACUUGUAAAAUAAGUUAUAUUUUUUUAUCGUACGCAUAAUUUAUCAAAAAUUUCGUUGUAAUUUUGAUUUUAUUAUAAAUUAGCAGUUUUUGUUUCAAAACUAUUUUGACAUUGGUUUUUAAAAUAUCAUAAAUUUAUGAUUUAACAUUCCGUAUAUUUUUGUUCUUAUAUAUAUAUAAGUUAUAAUAUAUAUAUAUAUAUAUUCAUAUUAAUUUACAAAUGCCAAAGAAAUGAAAAUUAUUUUACAACCAUUAAAAUCAAUAAGCGCUUUUUAUAAAAUUUAAUAAUUAUUUUUGUGGAUGCUACUGUUCUUUUGUUUUCUUGAAAUGUCUUCUAUUGUAAGUAAUGAAUCAAUUGACAAUGUAAGUAGAAUAACAAAUUUAAAUAACAAAUUAGAAGAAAAUGGAUCAGAUGAAGUCACAUGUAAGAACUUACAAGAAUCAACAAGUAAAUCUUUGAGUGCUCAAGUUGAAAAGAAAAAAAAAAACUCUGAGAUAUCUGCAUCAUCUACAAGUAGUUCAUGCGAUUCUAGUAGCUCAGAAUCUGAUUCUGAUAACAGCUCUGAUUUGGAUGAAGAUGAAAAUGAAAAAGAACAAAAAAGGUGUGAUGAAAAAGUUAGAGAAAUUGAAAAUGGAUUUUAUCAUUUGAAAGAAAUGUUGUAUAAAGAAAGAAUAAGAGAAGUAGAAGAAAAAUUGGUUGAAGUGAGAUUAGGAACAGCAAAAGAAUAUCGCAUACCUUUACAAGAAUUGCAAGAACAAAUGAAGUCUAGGCUUGAAGUUGCUUCUGUACUUAGACAAUUUAAAAUAACUAAUUUAAAACAUAAAUAUGAAGCUGAAGAACAAGCAAUAAGACAAAACUUUGAGAAUAAUAAAGAUCUAUUGUACGAUAGUAUCAAAGCUGAUUUAGAAGAAAAAAUUCAGAGGUUAGAAGAAGCUCGCAAUGAAGUUGAUAUUGAUGCCUCAUUAUGGUUAGGUCGCAGCUUGACACGAAGUGGUCGUGGUCGUGGUCGUAGACCGUAUGGACAUUCACAACCAAAACGUAAACCAGUAAUUAUAUCUGGACCAUAUAUAGUUUAUAUGCUUAAAGAACAUGAAAUAUUAGAAGAUUGGACAACAAUAAAAAAAUUAUUGUCAUCAUCACGACGUCGAGAAAAUGCUGAUCAACGUUAUAGACCAUAUUAAAUAUACAAAAUUUAUUUGUUUAAAAUGUUCCUCUGAAUGUAUUCCUAAUUUAAUACUUUGUUGAUUGUUUAAUACAUAAUUUAUCUAGCAGUUUAAUGAUAUGUGAAUAAUUUGUGUAUUUCAAGAUCAGUUUUUCAAUUACAUACCCCCCCAAAAAAUCGUCUUUAUUUAAUUGUUUGUCAUUUUCAUUAUUUGAUACUUU